AUGCCUAGUUUCAAGGAGUCAGGACUGUACCGAUAUGUCGCCGGCAUCAAAGGUCUACCGGCGGGCAUUCUCAACCGGCAGUUAUUGAUGACAACUUUUGUCUUUGCCCUUGCUGGCAUGCCCAAAGUGAUAAGCUCACUAACGCAUUUUUGUGCGAACGCAGGAUGGGACGAGGGUUCUGCCUCGGCGAUCACACAACUACCGUCUUUUCUUUCCGAAUACCCGGUCAACAGCACCCUCGGCUCUGAAUCGAACACGAUUUCGAACUUGGUAUCUUUUGUCAAUAUCGGGGCCGGCGUCGGGGCUCUAAUGUCAUUUCUCAUUAACGACCGGUUCGGACGCCGUCAAUCUUUGAGAAUAUACCAAGCAGUCUAUGUCAUCGGCUCCUUGAUCUCAUGUUUUUCGUAUGGAAACCUGGCCGCUCUCUACGUUGGCCGAAUCGUGGCUGGUCUCGGUAUUGGAGCUUGCACUGUUGUGGGGCCCAUGACCAUUGCAGAAAUCGCACCCAAGACCGUCCGUGGGCUCAUGACCCUUUGGUUCAAUGUGGCCAUGCUGAGCGGCCAGAUGGUCGGCGUCUUUGUGGUCUAUGGUUGCAGCCGCAAUAUCUCAUCGGCGAUCAGCCUCGAAUAUCAGGUUCCUUGGUUCGUGCAAACUUUUGCCCCUGCAAUCUCCUUCAUCGGGUCUUUCUUCGUCGUCGAGUCUCCACGCUGGCUUGCCAUCCUAGGCCAGCCGCAGCAGGCCUUGGAGAGUCUGAUCAAGCUUCGAGGUCUGCCAGGAAACCACCCAUACGUCGAAGAAGAGUACACGCACCUUCUUAACUCGAUCGAGGACGAGUCUAUCGAGUUUGGAGACAAGGGCGUUAUGUCUGUGGUCAAGGAGACAUUCCUGGUCAGAUCCAAUCUACGCCGUCUGCAGCUCGUUGUUAUUGCAUACAUCCUCGCCCAGUUUUCCGGUGCCAACUCUGUUACCAAUUACCUUCCAACAAUCUUUGGUCUAGUCGGAAUCAAGGCAGCUGAUUCGAAGGUUUUGACAUCGGGAAUCUACGCCUUGGUUAAACUUAUCUGUACGAUCAUGGCCUCGCUCGUCUUCGUCGAUCUGCUCGGCCGUCGCAAAUCGCUCAUGAUAGGCAUCACAAUUCAGAUGAUAUGCCAUUCAUAUCUGGCAGGCUACCUGAACUUUGAGCAGCGAGAUGGCUACAUGCCCGAAGGUGCUUCCAAGUUCGCCAUCGUCGUUAUAUAUAUCCAUGCCAUUGGCUGGGCCAUCGGUCUCUAUACACUCCCUUACCUAUUUGGGGCGGAAUUGUGGCCGAAUCGAAUCCGCUCAUUUGGAGGAGCGCUGUCCCAGAGUUUUCACUGGUUCCUCUACUUUGCCAUCACCAAGGCUACGCCAUCAAUCCUGAGUAGCUUCAAGAUCUGGGGAGCGUUUGUCUUCUUCGUCGGUUGGUGUCUCGUUGCAUUGGUCUAUACCUUCUUCUGCGUACCAGAGACUAGCUCACUCAGCCUCGACGACAUGAACCUAAUCUUCCAACGUUCUACGCUCAAGAUGAGGCAACCGUUACCGAGCCAGCAUACAGAUGUCGAGGGUACACAUUUGGACGAGAAGCGUCCGUCGCUCGAUUUCAGGUAA